AUGCACACCAGCAUCAGUGAGAUUUUAAAGGAGAAGACGCUGAAGUCGUCUCGGCGCAGUUUGCCGUGUCUUGCUCAGAGUCAAACACAUCCUCAAAACCUCAACCACUUCUUAUCUGUGCCUCUGAGUCCUGAACCCAAAUCAUAUACACAGAGCGUCAGUGCCUCCUGCACACACAUCACACCUCCUCCUCCCACAGCAGAUACAGGUCAGGAUGUAUAUACAGAGGAGAGGGAGGCGGAGGAGUUUAAGCCUAAAACAGAUGAGACGCUCCUCGUCCAAAAAAAGCCGCUGUCCAGAGGAAAACUAGAGGCUCGCAUAGACUCCAUUAAGGGGAACAACCUGCAAAAGCCCUCUGGAUUAAUGUUUCGAGAUGGGAAGAAGCGUAUCGACUACAUUUUAGUGUAUAAGAAAUCCAGCCCUCAGGUCGAGAAGAGAUGCACGUUUGAGAGGAAUCUGAGGGCAGAGGGUCUAAUGCUGGAAAAGGAGCCCUCAUUAACCAACAACGAUAUAAUGUUUGUGAAGAUUCACGCUCCGUGGGACACGUUGUGUAAAUAUGCAGAGCAGAUGAACAUCAGAAUGCCCUUCAGGAGAAAGUGUUACUUCACAGACUGGAAGAAAAAAACUAUUGGCAGUCGAUUUCAGAUGAAGUUUCGUCAAUUAAAAAGUUGGUUGCCCAGGAACCCUAUGAAACUGGAUAAGGAAGCGUUACCAGAUCUAGAAGAAACCGACUGCUACACUGCCCCCUUCAGCAGAACCAGAAUGCACCAUUUCACCAUCAACAACAGAGAGACUUUUUUCUCAAACUCGACGAGGAGCAGAAUAGUACAUCAUGUACUACAACGGACAAAGUACGAGGAUGGGAAGGCUAAAAUGGCUCCUCCGUUGUGUUGUCUGUAUCUGCUUAAUUAUUAUGGUCAUCGCGAGCGGCUCCUCAUGGGCCAGUCAGGGAGUGCAUGGGAAGGCAUCAAUCGGUUACUUGGCAACAACACAUAUGAGGCAGCUUUCCCUCCGCAUGAGGGAAGCUACAAAAGCAGACAUCCGAUAAAGACUCACGGCGCCCAGAACCACAGACACCUUCUGUAUGAAAGAUGGGCACGCUGGGGAAUCUGGUACAAAUAUCAGCCUUUAGACCUCAUUCGGCGGUACUUCGGGGAGAAGAUCGGGCUGUAUUUUGCAUGGCUGGGCUGGUAUACAGGUAUGCUGAUCCCUGCUGCACUUGUCGGCCUCUUCGUUUUUCUCUAUGGGCUUUUCACCAUGGACUCCAGCCAAGUGAGUAAAGAGAUCUGUGAAGCCAACACCACCAUCAUGUGCCCCAUGUGUGAAGGAAACUGUAGCUCUUGGGCGUUGAGUGACAGCUGUGUCUAUGCAAAGGUGACUCAUCUUUUUGAUAAUGGAGGCACUGUCUUCUUUGCAAUCUUCAUGGCAAUAUGGGCCACUGUGUUCCUUGAGUUCUGGAAAAGGAGGAGGGCGGAGCUAACCUACGACUGGGAUUUGAUUGACUGGGAGGAAGAGGAGUAUAAACCCUGUGUCAUGCUGUGUUCUGAGGAACUACGGCCCCAGUUUGAAGCCAAAUACUCCCGGAAGGAGAGAGUAAACCCCAUCUCAGGAAAACCAGAACCCUUCCAGCCUCUCACAGACAAACUCAGCCGGCUCAUGGUGUCUGUGUCGGGAAUCUUCUUUAUGAUCUCUUUGGUUCUGACAGCCGUGUUUGCCGUGGUGGUGUUCCGGCUCAUUGCCAUGGAGAAAUUUGCUUCCUUUCAGUGGGAGUUUGUGAAGAAGAACUGGCAGUUCGCCACCUCAGGCACUGGAGUUUGCAUUAACUUUAUGAUCAUCAUGUCUCUGAAUGUGGUCUAUGAAAAAGUGGCCUACCUUCUUACAAACUUGGAACACCCACGAACAGAGUCAGAAUGGGAAAACAGCUUUGCCCUCAAGAUGUUCCUCUUCCAGUUUGUCAAUCUCAACAGCUCCACCUUCUACAUAGCAUUCUUCUUAGGCAGGUUCGCUGGCAGGCCGGGCGACUAUAAUAAGCUGUUUAACCGAUGGAGAAUGGAGGAGUGUCACCCCAGUGGUUGUCUGAUUGACUUGUGCCUACAAAUGGGAGUGAUCAUGGUGUUAAAACAAAUCUGGAACAAUUUUAUGGAGCUGGGCUACCCACUACUGCAGAACUGGUGGUCUCUGCGUAAGAUCAAGCGUGCAGGUGAGCAGAGUAAAAGUAAAGAAGAGCUUCCACAGUGGGACAGAGACUGGAACCUUCAGCCCAUGAACACUCAUGGCCUGGUGGACGAGUACCUGGAAAUGGUUUUGCAGUUUGGUUUCACCACUAUUUUCGUGGCGGCCUUCCCUCUGGCUCCACUGCUGGCUUUGCUCAACAACAUCAUUGAAAUCCGAUUGGACGCCUACAAGUUUGUCACGCAGUGGAGGCGACCAAUGCCAGCACGGGCUACUGAUAUUGGCAUCUGGCAUGGCAUCCUGGAGGGAAUCGGAGUUGUGGCAGUCAUAACAAAUGCCUUUGUCAUCGCCAUCACUUCAGACUACAUCCCUCGCUUUGUCUAUGCUUUCAAAUAUGGCCCCUGUGUGGACAAGGGUUACCGGAACGAAAAGUGUCUGAGAGGAUACCUGAACAACAGCUUGUCUGUGUUUGACAUGGGCGAGAUGAAAAAUGGAAGUUAUCACACACGAUAUUGCAGAUAUCGGGAUUACAGAGCACCUCCAUGGAGUCCAGAGCCCUACGAUUUCACUCUGCAGUUCUGGCACGUUUUGGCUGCCAGAUUAGCCUUUAUCAUCGUCUUUGAGCAUCUGGUGUUUGGCAUCAAGACCUUCAUAGCCCACAUGAUUCCAGACAUGCCUAAAGACCUGUGCGAUCGCAUGCGUCGAGAGAAAUACCUGAUGCAGGAGAUGAUGUAUGAGGCGGAACUGGAGCACCUGCAGAAAGAACGGAAAAAGAAUGGCAAACGAUUUCACCACGAGUGGCCUUAAUCGUGCCUGCCCAUAAACUCACACAUUAACACGUACAUGUCCACAGGAGAACCACAUAUAAACAAGAGAACAUCAAGACUCGGAAGUGACGAAGAGACGUCAUAGCAACGCACAUUAGUGAACAUACAGUACAUGCUCAACCAUUCUGCGGCCUUGGGCGGCUAGCUAUACCGAUUCUGUGCAUGUGCUGCCCACUUCAGAUCUUCAUUUCUGUGUUGAACCAGGGAGAGGACUCUGUGUUUGAGGUCAUAACCGGAUCUCCGGUUGGGCCUUUAGAACCUGGAGUCGGCAGCUGUGCUCUGCACCAAAGAGGUUCUUCUCAGUCACAGACUCCUGCUUGAGAACAGUCUAUCCUUUCAUCCUCCUGAGGGCAUUUUACACAUUAGAGAAAGCUCUAAGGAUGGGAAUGUGUAAGAUGCACUUUGAGGUUAAAGAAAGACCCCGAACCAUUCAAAAUCGUAUGGGAAUAAAGCAAUGUGGAGGUGGAUUUAGAUGGAAGCACAACCAGAUCCGCCUCUAAGUUGGCUUGUUUUUUUUUUGUAUUUUGACAAAUUCAAUUGAUUUACAGAAGAUCUUUUAUCAAAUACUGGUCCUCCUCAGCAUGGUCUGCACUGGCCCUGCUAUGUCCUGUCUUACUUCUGAAUGAAAACGGAGCAUCUGUGUACCUGGUUGAGAUGGCUUACUAUGCAGACGAAGGGCUUUGGCGUUCCUGUUUUCUGCUUGCCUACAUGUCUACCUGUUUCUCAUUCUGUCUAUUCGUACGUGGCAGCUAGCAUCCCGCCGUGAAGCUUUUCCCUUCCUGGAACUAGGCAACGUAACAACGUUUACUUAAAAUAAUAUGACGGAUACUAACUAACCAAUGCCCUCUCUCUUCGCUUGCCAGCAUCUCACAUUGUGAUCCUUGUUACAAAAGCGGUUUCUGGUAAAGGUUACCAAACAUUAACCUGAUUGUUUAUGCAAAAGGACAGUUUUUAUGGAAUGCAUUGCCUUGAAAAGAUAUGCAGACAUUUGUUUCAAUACAAUACGUCAUUCUGUGAAGGUAAAAUAUGAGUCAAUUGUAAACGUUGGCAAAACAGUCCUAGAAAAUAGCAAGCAUGCUUUUAUCGCAUGUUGUUUUUUGUUUUUCAUUUUUAUUAGCGUUUUUUUGUAAAAGACAACGGGGAGAAUUCACUAAACAGUUGUGCAGCUUUAGUGUAUUACUGCAGUAUUUUAGUGCAAAAACUUCGGUAGUGUGCACCAACCGCCUGUAACCCAGGUUUACCCAGUGCUAAAUGCUUGUACAGUGCUGUUUUGUAAUCUUUUUGAGAGCAAACACAUGUCCUGUUUAUGUCAAUAUUCAAAUAUGUAAAACAAUUGUGCCCUCUGACUCUGAAUGUACAUUUCCAUGGGACUUUUUUUACAAGCUGUGUAAUUUAGAAUAAGCAAGGAGCCAUUCUUGCUUUUAAAAACAGCAGGGAGAAACACAAUCGAACAACACAGAAAUCUUGAGAGAUGUUUAAAAAAACAAAAAUAAUGUUGCUUGAAUACAAGAACGCAUUAUGUGUGAAAUUUGACUGGAUGGAUUGCUGUGGGCUGUAUCAGUAAUAGACUAUAUUCAAUAAUACAGAAAAAAAAACUGUUUCACAAAACUGUGAAACAUUUUUACAUUUUCUAGUAAUCAUGGCAUGGUCGUCUAUUGAUGAUGAUUAAAUGUUAAAGUAGAUCUGUACUGGGCUUGCGCAUUCAGACGAGUACCUGUCUUCAUUCUAAUCGGGUGCUAAACAGUGCAUUGUGUGCAUAUAAACAACGUUAUCAGUGAGUGCAGAUCAUGUUUAGUGAAUUCCCCCCCAUGUCAGAUUUCUAGUUUGGUAGUUUGUGUGAAUUGAAUUUGAUAGUGUUGCAGUGUAGCUUUGUUCUGAUGCUGCUGUUUGUGCACGACUGUGAUGUGUUUUUAUGUUUAUGGGUGUGUCAGUCCAUGUCCCCUCCCAUCUAUGUUUGGAAUAGCACUUAUACAGUAUUCUUACUGCUUUAUCCCCCAAUGCAAAUGUUGUGUAAAAAUACCUUUGAUGAUUUGAAUGUUUGAUGUCACAACUAUGUAGCAUAGUACUGUAUGAAAUGUUUAUCGUUGCAUAAUGCAUCGCAAUGCAGUAUUGUUUUUGAUGGCAGACAGCAUACUGUAUAUCGUGUGCAGUAUGCAGGAAACUAUUGCAAUAGUAUUCUGAUGUGAAUAUAACAAUUUAGGAAGAUAAAACAUUUUAAUCAAUUAGGUCAUUGGACAAACACUUUUUCCAAGUUGUCAUUGGGACAAUGUACAUGAAACUGAAUUUCCUUAAUUAACAUUUUAUUUUAGUACAUUUUUUAAUAUGUUGCUUUUAUUUUUUUAUUAUUAUUUUUUUAGGGGGUGUGCGUAUGCACAUGUUUAGAUUUAUAUUUGUGUGCUUGCAUGUGUGUGUGCGUGUGCGUGUGUGUAUGUGUGUGUGUGUGUGUGUGUGCGUGCGUGGAUAGUAAACCAGACAUGUGCGUGUGUGUGUGUGUGUGUGUGUGCGUGCGUGAGUGUGCGUGCGUAUGUGUGUGUUUGAUGAAAUUAGGUUCCCAGCAUGCAUCUCAUUAUUUCACGAAACCCAUGGCAAUGGCUGUGGUCAGAAUGGCAUACUACCAUACGUGUGCAUUUGAAUUUGAUAUGUGUCUGGAAAACCCAAAUGACCCACACAUUUGUCAAAAUCUGAAGCAUAUAAUCAUAGCAUGGAAUGACUUUGCCCACAAGUGCAAUGCAAUGAGCUUAAUGUUUUCCAGUGUGACAUAUAAAUAUGAACACGGAGCAUAUCAAUCAUGAUUUCUUAUGAUUUUUAUCUUGCCAUAUUUUUUCCAUCAGACAGCUUAAAGUUUUUUUUUUUUGGUAGAAAAUACAUAUGACACAAAAAUAAAGAAUCAUCUCUACAUCUCUAGAGAUGAUAA